AUGGGCAAAUCACUUCAGCUGAACAAUCUCUAUCUGGUCAGUGGGCUGACAACCAUUGGCGGUCUCAUUCAAGGCUUUGAUGUGUCAAGCAUGUCUGCCAUUAUCGGCACUAAUCAGUACAAAGAGUAUUUCCAUAAGCCCAAUGCUGUUGCUCAGGGUGGAAUCACCGCAAGCAUGGCCGGUGGCUCGCUUCUUGGAUCGCUUUUUUCGUCUUGGACGAGUGAUCGAUACGGUCGUCGUGACUCGCUGUUCAUUGCAUGCGUGAUUUGGUUGAUUGGUUCAACCCUGAUGUGCGCGGUUCAAAAUGUCCCUAUGCUCAUCGUUUCCCGCAUUAUCAACGGAUUCAGUGUUGGAAUGCUCACGUCGCAAGGUCCCAUUUUGAUUGCUGAGAUCAGUCUUCCGCACCAGCGAGGCCGGCUUCUCUCCUUACAACAGUGGAUGAUAACAUGGGGUAUUCUCAUCAUGUACUUCAUCUCCUUUGGAACAUCCCACUUGACCAAUAAUGCAGUAUUCCGCAUUCCCUGGGGUGUUCAAAUGAUUCCAGCAAUAGUCCUCAUGUUGUGUCUCCCAAUGAUGCCUCGAUCACCUCGCUGGCUUGCCACGCAAGAUAGAUGGGAAGAGGCAGUGGAUGUCCUCGCAAGAUUACAUGCCAAGGGGGAUACUCUGGAUCCAGUUGUCUUGGCUCAAACGACUGAAAUUCGUGAGAAGAUUGAACUCGAGCGUCAGUAUCAGAGUUCUUCUUGGAUGGAGCUAUUCAAUUCCCGAAACAUAAUCCGCGUGCACUGCGGCAUUUUUACACAUGUCUGGUCUCAGUUGAGCGGGACAAACGCCAUGAUGUACUAUAUCGUUUACAUCUUCCAGAUGGCCGGCCUCGAAGGUAACAACGCCUUGUUGUCUGCAUCAAUUCAAUAUAUCAUCAAUGUUGUCAUGACACUUCCAGCAUUGAUCUUCAUAGACAAGCUUCCCCGUCGUCGUCUUUUUAUUGUUGGUGCCUGUAUAAUGGCCAUUCUGCAGUUCACUCAAGCAGGCCUUAUGGCUUCGUAUGGGUACCAUGUUCCAGGAGGACUCAAAGGAUCCCCUACAGUCACCUGGAAGGUUACCAAUGGCAAAGCAUCAAAGGCCAUUAUCGCCUGUUCAUACUUGUUCAUUGCUACCUAUGCACCCACCUGGGGACCUUUAGGAUGGGCAUACCCACCCGAGAUCAUUCCCCUCUAUAUCCGCAGCAAAUCAGUCUCCUUAGCAACAUUCUUCAACUGGGCCUGUAAUUUUGCUUUAACGUUCUUUACACCGCCAGGGUUCAAGAAUAUCCAGUGGAAGGUUUACUGCAUAUUUGGAACAUUCUGUCUUGUUGCCGCUAUACACGUUUUUCUUUUGUUUCCCGAGACAAGUGGAAAAUCUCUGGAAGAGAUAGACGACUUGUUUAAUCAUCAGAGUAUUUGGGCGUUUAAGAAAAGGUCCGAACCGAGUCGUUUUGCUGCUGAUAUUGAGCAGGCCAAGGAGGAUCUGAGUGGUGGGAAGACGAACACGGCUCAUGUCGUGGCGAAAGCAUAA